AAUGUCAAAUAAAUGAUUGGAAAAAACUGGGUUAAGAUUUCAUGAUUUCAAUAUAAGGAAGGUGAAAUUGAAAAUUUUAUAUCUUGUCUUCAAUCUUAUCAGAAACUUUCAAUCUUUCUGUGGACAAAGGAAAUAGAAAGUUUCCACAAUAACCUAUCACUGAAAAACCACAACGUUAGUUUUCAUUCAAUCUGAUCACAUUGUCUGAACGUAAAUAAUUUCCCUCGUUUAAUAUGACAAGUGAAGAGGAAAUUCGCCAAAAGCACAAACAAGAAAAAAAAGAUCUUCAUUCGAAAAUACAGUCUUUAAAAAGAAGUGUACCAAAAGGAGAUAAAAAAAAGAAGAAAGAAGUAACUGAACAAAUUGCUCAACUUGAGCAAGAAUUGGAAGAUAGACAAAAUAAAGAACUCUUGCCUUUCAAAGCUAAUUCUGAAUCAGAUGAAAGCAAAGUUGAAGAAAUCCCCAAUCUCGAGGUUGAGAAUAAUGACAUUUCUAUUGAAAAUGAUGAGAAGCCAGAAACUGAAAUUAAAGUUACACGAAUAUCAAGGGCUCAAAAGAGACGUGAAAAAAAAGCUUUGGAAGAGGCUGAACGUGAAAAGAGAAUUUUAGAAGAAAAAGAGAAAAGUAAAGAUGGACCUAAAGCUGUAGAAUCACAUUUAAUUAAAGAAGUGUUGAAAACUAUGGGUUUAGCACUAUAUGAUGUUGCAGCUGAUGGAAACUGCUUAUACUGUGCAGUUAAUCACCAACUAGAAUCUAAAAAAAGAGAAUCUUACAGUACUACUAAACUCAGGAAACUCACUGCUAAUUUUAUGAAAGAAAAUAAAGAUGAUUUUAUACCAUUUAUGUACAAAGAUUCAGGGGAACCAGUUAGUGAAACAUAUUUUGAGGAAUACUGCAAAGAAGUUGCCUCUACAAAAUUGUGGGGUGGACAACUUGAAUUAAAAGCAUUAUCAAAUAUUCUAAAGUGUCCUAUUAAAGUUAUUCAAGCUAAUGGUCCUCCUACUGUUUUAGGAGAAGAUUUUAACGGACCUGAAUUAAUUUUAACCUACCAUAGGCAUUUAUACAGCCUGGGUGAACAUUAUAAUUCUACCAUUGAAUUAAGUGAAUAAAAAAUAAUAGUUA